AAAACAGCUAACAGCCAAACCAUCUCACAUUCCCUCGCGAAACAGCCCACGCAAAAUGGCCAAGUCACGCCGCAAAUCGGCCCCUUCUCUCCAACGGCUCCGGGAUCGACCACAGAGAACGGCAGCCCACGGGGACUCUUAACCAUGGCUGCUUCUCUGACCCUUUACGUCGACCACAUUUCCCAGCCAGCCCGAGCCCUGUCUCUCCUCUGCAGGGCCAUCAAGGCACCACAUCAUGAACAUCAUAUCAAGUUACUUAAAGGGGAACACAUGAGAAAAGAGUAUAUUGCUGUCAACCCUUUCAAGAAAAUCCCAGCUGUAAAGGAUGGAAACACACUCAUUUUAGAAAGCUGUGCAGCCUUGAGAUUUAUUGCAAGCAAAUAUGACUCGACUGGGAAAUGGUACCCCCAAGAGCUUGAAGUCCGAUGCAAGGUUGACGAAUACUUGGACUGGCAGCAUCUUAACACCAGAGCUCAUGGCAUGGGAUUCUUCAGAAAUAAGAUUCUGUUGCCAGCACUGAAGAAGAGUGAACCAGAUAUGAAAGUGGUCAAUGAACACAAAAAGGAAUUAGGCCGAGUUGAGAGAGAUUUCAAGAAUUACUUCCUAGGAUCAAAACCAUUCAUUGCUGGCGACCACCUCACCAUCGCAGACUUGCUUGCUGCCUGUGAAUUUGAGCAGCCAAUAGCAGGGGGUUAUAGCAUGUCUCAGCCUAUCCAAGAUUUCAUUGAAAGGGUGAAGAGUCAGAUAGGGCCAGAUUAUGAUGAGCUGCAUUCUACCAUGAGAGAUUUUGCUGUAAAGGCUUCUAGGUAACAAAGUAGAGAAUUUGUAUUUGGUUGUAUUUUUGUUUGGUUCAAUAUAGAUUAGAUACUAUUACCAUAGCAAACUAUUUCAGUAUGAAAAUUUAAUUGAGAAUAAAUUUGUAAGAUAGA